AUGGAGGCGGAGAUGCAUCGACCUCACGAGGCGGCAGAAAGAUCCAAAGCCGCAGAGGAGCGAAAAAGAACGGAAGAGGAACGGCGGGGGGUUGAUGACGCAGAGAGGGCCAGGUUGGAGGCAGAGGCGGACAAACGUAAAGAGGAGGAGGCGCGUCGUGCAAUUGAGGUUGCUGAGAUGCCGGCGCUGGCAGCAGAGAAACAAACACUGGCGCUGGAGGAAGGAGUAGAUGCCCGGCGUGCAAUAGAGCAGGCAGAGAAGGCGACAGCAGUAGUGGAGGGAACGAGAGCGGGAGAGGCGGAGGAGAGGGUCAGGACGGAGGCAGCAGCGAUCGUUCGCAGAGAGGAAGAGGCGCUGCGUGCUAGAGAGGCGGCAGAGAGGGUGAGGGCCGCAGAGGAGCUCGUGAGAGAGAGGCAGGAACGUCUGAGGGCAGAGGCUGCAAAUAGGGUGAGGGCCGAAGCAGCUGAAGUGCUUCGUAGAGAGGAAGAGAAGCGGCGUGCAGGAGAGGAGGCAGACAAGGCGAAGGUCGUAGAGGAAAGGAGGAGAGCGGAAGAGGAACGGCAGAGGGAAGAGGCCGAGGAGAGGGUCAGGACGGAGGCAGCAGCGAUCGUUCGCAGAGAGGAAGAGGCGCUGCGAGCUAGAGAUGCGGCAGAGAGGACUAGGGCCGCAGAGGAGCUCCUGAGAGAGGGGCAGGAACGGCAGAGGGCAGAGGCUGCAGAUAGGGUGAGGGCCGAAGCAGCUGAAAUGGUUCGUAGAGAGGAAGAGGAGCGGCGUGCAAGAGAGGAGGCAGAUAAGGCGAAGGUCGUAGAGGAACGAAGGAGAGCGGAAGAGGAACGGCAGAGAGAAGAGGCUGAGGAGAGGGUCAGGACGGAGGCAGCAGUGAUCGUUCGUAGAGAGGAAGAGGCGCUGCGUGCUAGACAGGCGGCAGAGAGGGUGAGGGCCGCAGAGGAGCUCCUGAGAGAGAGGCAGGAACGUCAGAGGGCAGAGGCUGCAGAUAGGGUGAGGGCCGAAGCAGCUGAAAUGGUUCGUAGAGAGGAAGAGAAGCGGUGUGCAACGGAGGAGGCAGAUAAGGCGAAGGUCGUAGAGGAACGAAGGAGAGCGGAAGAGGAACGGCAGAGGGAAGAGGCUGAGGAGAGGGUCAGGACGGAGGCAGCAGCGAUCGUUCGCAGAGAGGAAGAGGCGCUGCGUGCUAGAGAGGCGGCAGAGAGGGUGAGGGCCGCAGAGGAGCUCGUGAGAGAGAGGCAGGAACGUCUGAGGGCAGAGGCUGCAAAUAGGGUGAGGGCCGAAGCAGCUGAAGUGGUUCGUAGAGAGGAAGAGAAGCGGCGUGCAGGAGAGGAGGCAGACAAGGCGAAGGUCGUAGAGGAAAGGAGGAGAGCGGAAGAGGAACGGCAGAGGGAAGAGGCCGAGGAGAGGGUCAGGACGAAGGCAGCAGCGAUCGUUCGCAGAGAGGAAGAGGCGCUGCGAGCUAGAGAUGCGGCAGAGAGGACUAGGGCCGCAGAGGAGCUCCUGAGAGAGGGGCAGGAACGGCAGAGGGCAGAGGCUGCAGAUAGGGUGAGGGCCGAAGCAGCUGAAAUGGUUCGUAGAGAGGAAGAGGAGCGGCGUGCAAGAGAGGAGGCAGAUAAGGCGAAGGUCGUAGAGGAACGAAGGAGAGCGGAAGAGGAACGGCAGAUAGAAGAGGCUGAGGAGAGGGUCAGGACGGAGGCAGCAGUGAUCGUUCGCAGAGAGGAAGAGGCGCUGCGUGCUAGACAGGCGGCAGAGAGGGUGAGGGCCGCAGAGGAGCUCCUGAGAGAGAGGCAGGAACGUCAGAGGGCAGAGGCUGCAGAUAGGGUGAGGGCCGAAGCAGCUGAAAUGGUUCGUAGAGAGGAAGAGAAGCGGCGUGCAACGGAGGAGGCAGAUAAGGCGAAGGUCGUAGAGGAACGAAGGAGAGCGGAAGAGGAACGGCAGAGGGAAGAGGCUGAGGAGAGGGUCAGGACGGAGGCAGCAGCGAUCGUUCGCAGAGAGGAAGAGGCGCUGCGUGCUAGAGAGGCGGCAGAGAGGGUGAGGGCCGCAGAGGAGCUCGUGAGAGAGAGGCAGGAACGUCAGAGGGCAGAGGCUGCAGAUAGGGUGAUGGCCGAAGCAGCUGAAAUGGUUCGUAGAGAGGAAGAGAAGCGGCGUGCAACAGAGGAGGCAGAUAAGGCGAAGGUCGUAGAGGAACGAAGGAGAGCGGAAGAGGAACGGCAGAGGGAAGAGGCUGAGGAGAGGGUCAGGACGGAGGCAGCAGCGAUCGUUCGCAGAGAGGAAGAGGCGCUCCUGGCAAGAGAGGCUGCAGAUAGGGCGACGGCGGCAGAGGAGCUCCUGAGAGAGGAGCAGGAACGUCAGAGGACAGAGGCUGCACGAAGGAUGAGGGCGGAAGCAGCAGCAAUGGUUCGUAGAGAGGAAGAGGCUCGGCGUGCAAGAGAGGAGGCCGUACAGGAGCUAAGGAGAGCGGGGCAGGAACGGCAGAGGGAUGAGGCUGAGGAGAGGGUCAGGACAGAGGCAGCAGCGAUGGUUCAGGCGAAGGCCGCAGAGGAGCGAAGGAGAGCGGAAGCAGAACGGCAGCGUGCAAGGGCGGAGGAAGAGGCGCGGCGUGCUAAAGAGGCGGCAGAGAGGGUGAGGGAAGAUGCAGAAAGGGCCAUGGUCGCAGAGGAGCUCUUGAGAGUUGAGAAUGAUCGGCUGAGGGCUGCGGCUGCAGAGCGGAUGAGGGACGAGGCAGACCUGUUAUCUCGCAGAGAGGAGGAAGAGCGGCGUAGACAUGCGGUAGAGAGGGUCAUGGGUGAGGCAGAGGCGAUUAUACGUAGAGAGGAGGAGGAUCUGCGGAGUGCUGAGGUCAGGCUUCAGUCCGAGGCGAUACAACCCAGUGCGGAGGAAACGCGCAUUGCCACGACGGCGGCUCGCCGAACGACAGAGGUCCCUCGGCAGAAUGCAGAUCUUGAAAUGGGGGUAGAGAGUGUUACAACAUCGACAGAGCAUGAGAGAGUGGGCGGGGAACAAGGAAGAACUCAAGGGGAUGAUAUGAGAGCUGCUGAGCUUGAGGAGAUGCGCCGUAGAUGGGUGGAUGAAUUGGAGUCUCGCCAACGACGCGAGGAGGCAGCGAGGAGGAGAGCUGCCGAUGAGCGGGAGCGAAUAGAACAUGAACAGGAGUUGGCAGAAGCUGUCGAGCGGCUGAGGGCGCAACGAGAACGCUGUAGAGCAGAGGGGGAGCGGGAAAGGCAACAUGCUGCAGAGAUGGCGAGGGUAGAGGCCGAAGCUUUGCAACAGAUACUGGCGGAGGACGCUCGGAGCGCACGGGAGGAGAAUGAACGGGAUAGUGCGGUCGAAGUGCAAAGAGUAAACGCGGAGACAGGAACUGCAAGGAAUGGGGGAAUCACAUCUCGUGCGUCUCAGGCUUUGGAUGAUGCGACAGUACGGGCAAUCGCCGAGGAUGAGCAACGGUUGGCAGACGCUGAACGGGAGCGUGAGGCAUCUGCAACUAGAGCGAUGCAAGAGGUUGAGCACAUGCGCCGUAGGUGGGACGAGCAGGUGGUCACGCGACGAGCAAGAUUGCAAACAGAGAGGAUGCGGGUGGAGCGGGAAGAGAGGAUGGCGGAGGCGGUGGCAGGUGAUGAAGUGGCGAGGGCUACGCGUGAUGCGAGUGAUCAGUUUCGCAACACCGGCCGCGAUAGUGCUCCGACGCAGAGAGAACGAGAGUGGGGGGAAGCCGAGAACUUCGUACGGCAGAACGUCAUGCAAGGAGCGGCCAUAUUAGAGGAGACUGAUGAUGGGUUUGUAGAGGCGGGAACAACCGGAGUUGGUGGAGGUGUGGCCGGAGUGGCAGAAGUCCUCCGACGUCUAACGUUCGUCGCGCAGGCCGUGGCCAGCAGCUCCGCACAACAGAAUGCUAGGAUUAGUGGCAACCUCCGCUAG